GGGCGCGGCGCGGCGAUGAGCGAGGCGGAGGGCGGCUCGGCCGCCGCCGUGGAGAAGCCGCCGCUGCCCCCGGCCGGGCCCGGGGCGGCCGCGGCGGUCGCUGCCGCUGUUGCAGCCGCGGCGGCGGCGGCGGCGGCCGGGCCGGAGCCCGGAGCUCCGGCCGAGGAGGCGGCGGUGGUGUGGAGCCCGGAGGUGGAGGUCUGCCUGUUCCACGCCAUGCUGGGCCACAAGCCCGUAGGUGUGAAUCGCCAUUUCCACAUGAUUUGCAUCCGAGAUAAAUUCAGCCAGAAUAUCGGACGGCAGAUUUCAUCCAAGGUGAUUUGGGACCAUCUGAGCACCAUGUAUGAUAUGCAAGCUCUUCAUGAAUCCGAGAUUCUUCCAUUCCCUAAUAUAGAGAAGAAUUUUGCUCUUCCUGAUGAAAUGAUUCAAGAAGUGAGAGAAGGAAAAGUAAUGAUGGAAGAAGAAGUGAAAGAGGAAAUUUUAAAAGAAGAGCUGGAAACGCAUGCAGGUCCAGAAGAAGUUUUUGCACCCUCUGGAACUUUAGGAAAAGCAUCUGAAAAGCCAAGCAGCAAAGAGAAAGAGAAAACUUCAUCAGAUUCUGGAUCCAAAGAAGGAUCUGAUAAGAGGAAGCGCAACAGAGUCACUGAGAAGGUGUUAAAUGCAAACAGUAACCCUUCCAGUCCCAGCGCCGCCAAACGCCGCAGGACGUAGAGCUGUGAGAGAGGAGUGAAAAACUCUGGGAUGGGAGGGGGGAACAGCAAAAUCAAGUCGCAGGAUAGUUGCUACAUAAACUCUUUGAGGAAGGAAAAGAUACCUGAGCCAGGUGUUUGAAGAAUCUGCACAUCGGCUUGAUACGCGCAAGACUCUUGGCUGGUGUGUUCCCUGGCUGCCUUCUCAGGGCCCGGGGAGAAGGCUGGGAAUGUGGAGAGUGGAUGUAACAGUGCCAGUGGCUGCAUUCCCAACCAGCAACACGCUCUGUGUCAGCACAGCUCAUGAAACCCGUGCCCAGUGGAACACGGGGCCUUGGAUCAGCAAAAGCAAAGGCGAUUCCUGUAAAUCUGGGAUUGUGUUUUCUGCCUUUGUUGCCAUCUGUGAAUAUCACAGACCAUCUGUGGGUAAUGUUUUGGCCAUUUCACUUGCUGCAAACAUAGCAUUUGUAUCAAAUGUUUCAAUUUGUUGGUUCAGUACAACUAAAAUUCUUUUAAAUGCAGAUAACUACUGAGCUGAAG